CCCUGUCCUACUCCCUUGUUAGUUUAUAAGGACAGGCCGCAUAUCGCACAGCCUUCUCCCAUUUUUUCACUUUUCGAUCGGAGAGACGGACCUAGCGAAUCCUUCCGUUGUGAGACCCUUUCCGUGAGAGUCAGUCACGAUGAAGACCCUUCCAGUGAGAGUCAGUUGUCCCACAAUAUCUAGAUUAGCACGGCGGAACGUCACUCUGUCGCCGAAGUCCCGUUCCUCCCCCGUGUCCGGCUCGCACAUCUCGCUCUCUCGCUCCAUCCCCUCUGUACGGCUGCUAUCAUCUUCCGCGUCCCUCGCUCUUUCUCGUUCCAACUCCGCGCGUCCAUCCGCGUCACUAGCCGUCCCGUUCUCCGAAAACGCCGCUCUCCUCGAGCCUUCCUCGUCAUUCACCUUCUCACUCCCAACUCUCUCCACCCCUUCGCGCCGAUGGCUCAAGACUCGGGGCCCGUGCCCGCCGCACCGCCGCGUUUCCCGGCGGCGAAUUUUGACGAGAAGCUCCAUGGCGCCCGCCGCACCCGGCGGGUGCUGGCAGCCGCAGUCCCCGGCCACAACCACAGCCAGCACCGGCAGUCUCAGCGCCGAACCCGCCGCGAGCGCCGGCAGCAGCAGCAAUAAUAGCAGUCUGGUUGCUGGUGAGCCAGAGGCAGCGAGUUUAUCCCCGCGCACGAGUAACGCGGGCAGUGAAGCUUCAGGGUUUCUUCCCUCGAUGAUGUCCCGGUCCUCUGCUCCUCCGCUGGAGCCACAAACCCUCGCCGGGAAAUGGCUUCUCGGACUAUUAUCGUCUGUUCCCGCUAUGGUUCCGACUGCGGUUGACGCUGAAUUGCGACGGUUGCAGGAGGAGGCGACGGUUGGCGAAGGCGCUAGCGACAGCAGCGAUGUUUUCGCCAUUCUUGGGCGCGGAAACGGCGCGGCUGCAGGGCCGGUGGACUCUGUACUAGGAGACUCGAUACAAGGAGUUCGAUGGGCGGAUGAGGCGAACUUACUGCAAAGCCGCAUCUGGCGCCUCCAACGGCGCGACCAGCACGACGAGCUUCAGGAGCUCUUAUACGCGUUAGUGGCGCUCCGAUUCGUCUCGCAAGGUCACACGCCGCUUCUGCGCACUCUGCCUCUACUCCCCGCUCUCCCGCCUUCCCCUUGGCACCGGGAUAACACCACCACCUACAACCGCGAUAAUUUUAACAGCCGCGCAACUGCCGCUAAGUCCACCAUCCGCGAUAGCACCACCGCCGCGUCGCGAGUCGCCGUUAACCCGUCCGUUCCUUUCCUCGCCAACCAGCCAACCGCCGCCGCGACUCCCGCCGCUGCCACCGCCGCCGCUAGCUGCACGGGCCUGCGAAAGAUGCUGUCGCCCACCGUCCGUGCGAUGGUUUCGCGACACCUGGCGAUGGUCAUGGCGAGCCAGCUGGAGCAACCGCCACGUGGCGUCCCGACCAGCGGAAAUGACCGAGAAAAGAGUAGCGGCAAUAGCGGCAGCAGCGGCAAUAGCGGCAGCAGCGGCAACAGCGGCAACAUCGGCGGCGUAAGAGGCAGUAGCGCGGGCAAUAGCGGCGGCUUGAGCGGCUCUAGGAACGUCGGCGCAGUGGCAAGGCCGUACGGUCCGGGUGUAUUAAAGAGCUCGCGGUUGCGGCUCGGGCAGAUCUACGCGUCGUCGAUCACGUACGGCUAUUUUCUCCGACAGGUGGACUUGCGGCUCGAGCUCGAAACGUGCUGGCAGCUGAACCAGGCGAGUCUUCUGGAAGGGAUGUUGCUAUUGGCUGGUGGUGAACAGCAGAAGCAGUAUCAUCAACAGCUGCAGCAGCAGCAGCAGCAGAUGUCUCUUAAGCUAGCAGUCGAACGGACUAGUAGUAGACGACCAGCGGAAGGGGCUGUGGAACCUGCGGGUUCUGCGGCUGCAGUUUCUUCCGCCCCAGCCUCCUUCCCGGGCGAAACCCGGCGAGUGGUAACCAGCAGCGAGCUGCCGAACCAGGACGUCACGGUUACCGGCUCGGAGGGUAGGGGAAGCUCUGGGGCUGUCAGGUCUAGCGUAGGGGCGACCCAGAUUCAGCGCAAGUAUCUGGAGCGGUGCUGGCAGGGGAGGCGUGAUGGCGCGGGGGGCGCGGGGCGGGGGGCGCGGAAGGCGGAUAUUGGCGCGUACCUGCGGCGGCUGGAUCCCGGCUUGGUUCGGCAAAUGAGCAAGAUCCAUAGCAGGGAGUCUCUCAGGGUUAUUGAGAGGCACACAGAAGCGCUCUUUGGCCCGCCAGUGUGGGAGGAGCGACCAGACGGCUCCCUGGCAGUGCGUGACGAGGUGGUGUGGCUGACUGCGGGCGGUGUCGAGCGGCUGGUUCUGGAGGCAGUUGCGUUUGGGAGUGCGUUGCAGGAUGCGGAGGAAUAUGUGCACUCUAUUCAUGCCAUCCGGUGAACAGGGGGGAGACAGAGGAAAAAGGGGGUACUGGUGCAAGAUGGUGCCGCUCAGGAAUGGGACAACAUGCCAUGCGUUUCAAGGCUUCCAAUCCAAUGCUCCAUUGGAAAGGAUCCAAGGAGCUUUGUUAGUACGGCUCCCUUGCUCUGAGAGAGCCUGUGAUGCGGUGCGGUGCGGUGCUCUCAGUGAGCUCGGCCCAUUGUGUAGGGAGGGCUCCUAGUGCCAUCUAUUGACUGUAUAUAUCAUGCUCACUUGCCUUCAAUCUGUUGUGGCUAAAUGCAGAUGCCCCUGGGGCCUGGGGUGUGGAUUGUGCUUCUGGGCAUUGUUAAUAGCGGUGCUUAGUUGUAUGUCAAUAGUGGUGAUUAUUUACGGUAACUCCA